AUGGUCAUUCGAGGCCUUAAUUGGACUGUGUGUAAAGAGGAUGAGGAAUUUGCCAGGCGUAUGGGUCGGAGGAGAGAAAGGGCAUCGGGAGAGUCAGCUGAUUCUCCCAAUCAUGGCAAGUUGAAACAUCGAUCCAUAUCAGAGUGCAGUUCUGAAAGUGGUUCAGGAGAGAACCAAGGGAGUAAUGUGUUGCGUUUCCCCCUUGGUGGAAAGCAAGAGUGCCUUGUCAUUGUAGGGAAGUGCAUUUGGGAACGGAAAAAUCAAGGAUGCUACUUAUUUGAAGCUCGUGAUAAAAUAACCUCUGAGAGAAGUGUUAUUUACGAAUGGUGUAUCAACUCAAAACGAACAGGAAGGAAGGGAAAUCAUGUGAAGAUUGGUCAGGAGAACCAAGUGGAGGAAUUAGUCAGCAAAUUUUCAGCCCAGGAGAAAGAGAUGAGCUCCCUGCUACGGCUGUCACAUGACAAUCUCGUCGGGUACUUGGGGAUGAAGUUAAACUGCAGGGAGAAAGAUGGUGUGGACGUUUACAUCCUCCAGGAAUAUGUUCAGGGGAUGUCUAUGAAAUACUACAUCCACCACCAGAUCCCCCUGAAUGAGGCUUCUCUGCGCCACGUCACAGAAGGAACCCUCAAAGCCCUUAACUACCUCCACCAGAACAAUGUUGUGCACAGAGACCUGAGAGAUUCAAGCAUAUACCUGGACAAUCGGUCCCACGUGGUGCGAGUUGCUGAUUAUGGUGUGGAGAGGAGAAUAGUGGAAGCAGUCCUGGAGUUUAAGAAUAUCCAGGCAAACCCCCUUGUACCCUCAGUCCCCUGGCCGAGGAGGGAAGAAGGGCGACAUCUACCGCUUGGGCCUCGUGAUCCUAUCUAUUCAUCAGGGCCGGAGGGUGCAAGAGAUUGUGCCAACGUUACCCGCCAGUCUGAGUGCUGACUUCAAGAAUUUCAUGCAGAAGUGUUUGGCGCUAAAUGAACAAGAACGGUGGACAGCGGAGAAGCUACUUACUCAUCCGUUUAUUCAGGUCCAAGAAAAAGAGGGAGACAUUAUUGACAAUAAAAGAGUAU